AUCCAUUCAGAUCCAAAAUAAAAUACAGAUUGUUCAAAAGUUUACAAAUCUUUAGUCUAGUUCUUUAAAAAAUCAAAUUUGGUACCUUUCCUUCCCUUGACCUUUGAUUUGUUGACUUGACCUUCUGAACCUUUGUCUACAUACACAAAUUCAAGAAGUGAUCAUCAAAGGUCUUUUUUAGUUCUUUAACGAUUUCUCCCUUUUUUUUUACAACGAUCAAGUGUUUUGGGUUUUCCUCUGUAGAACUAUAUAAAGUCUGCUGGAUUUUCAAGUUUACCUGAAAAUUAACUUUAAACUGUAAAACUGUCUAGACACUUCUACUUACCAUCUAACAACAAUCCCAAUCAAAUCCUAUCACAUAUUAAUAAUCAUUCACCCGUCAACUUUCAUCCUUUCAAAUUCGCCAACUACCUUAUCUCUUUAUAGUCCAUUAAAACGACUUUGAGGUUUACCUUUUUAUAAUUUGAUUUAGCUGAGUUCUGUAAAACUUCUUCAUCAAGAUUUAUCACUUACGCGUUUCUCACCAAAAGACGAAAAAAAAUCAUACAUACACCUAAACCGAGACAUCAAACUUCGAAGGAAGUGUACUAAAAAGAUGAUCAUGUUCAAUCGAUCCUUGGUCGAUGCUAAUGCAGCUAUCCCCUCUCACCUCCACCCUGUAGCACUUCGAUCUACUGCUCAUGCUUCUAAUCCUCAAACAGCUGCAGUCUCUCAAUUAGCAGAAGCUCAACUUAGAGCUUCUAAUUCGAUUUCCGAUCAUUCUUCAACUUCAACUCAACCUACUCCUUCAACUCCUUCAUCAUCAUCUUCUUCUUCAUUAUCGUUUGUUUCAGGACCAAAGGAUGGGAUCUCUGGAUUACCUAUUGACCAUUCUGUUUAUCCGCUUCUCUCGACUAUUGAUCCAUCUGCUCCUCAUGCCAAUUCGAUCAAGCUUCUUACGUGUUCUGAUUAUGCCAACCUCUAUCAUGCCUAUCUUCGUUCCACCGCCAAUGUAGACGAAUCAAAAGUGUUUCCUUACCUACAUUGUCCAGAUCGAGCAGGAACCUCACAGUCUACGUACUUUUCACAAGCUCAUCAUCAUCAUCCUCACUCUGUUGGUCCUACUCGAAGACCGCCUUCGUAUCGUGGACUUACCGUCAUCACUGCCGACUCAGUUGCCGGACCACGUAAUCCUACGGCUCGUCACCGUACGCGUUCUCUUGGAUCGACUUCUACUGCCUCUGCAUCAUCUGUCUCCUCUUCGGCUCCUCUCUCAUCUGCAAGCUCUCCGGCUACCUCAGUUGAAGGACCUGAACCACGCGCUUCUCUUCUUGUCUCAGCCCUUGCGCCAGACGAGAUACUCGAACGUAGUGCAAGAACAGGAGAUCUGAUGCCAAGAUUUAUAAGACGACCUAUGCCUUCGAGCUCAGUCAACUUGAGGUUGUUUGGACAUCAACCAGGUCAAUAUGCAACGGUUUCGGAUAUUGUGAUUUACUCUGAAUCAGGAGUGAAUGAGACGGUGAUUGAAUUGGCGCGAUUGGUAGUAGAAGCCCAAGCUCAGUUUCGAAAAUUUCAACAAGAACAACAUUUGGUAGAUGAUUUUCCAGAUUAUCAUGUGUUUAUUGUUAAUGAAAGAUUUGAAGGAUUCGAAAAGGAAUAUGGUGAAUUGGUGGCUGUUGAUGGUUGGGGCUUUAGGCGUUCAAAGGUGGAUUUUUUUGAAAGAGAACGGUUAGAGAUGGAGUCUUUAACGCGUGCAUCACGAAUCGAAGAAAAUAUUUGGCUUGGCAAUACGGCUGAUGCGAUGAGAGAUGAAGAGGAACUCAGUCCUCCUCGGUUCUCUAUUAUGAUUGAAGCUCAUGAUUCGGCUAGGAUCUUAAGCUCAUCGGAACUCGAGAGCUUAUUUCCAACCUCUCUCAACUCUUCAACUUCUUCGCAGUCAUCUGUUUCAUCCCCUGCAAUCACAAGACCUCCAUUGCACUUGGAAGUGCCUAGUACCGGUUCAGCCUCUGGUUCAAUGUCUAUGGAACAACUCGUACGAUCUCUUCAAGAGUUUUGUGCUUGGGUGUCUAGAGUGACGCGUGAUGGUCACCAGAUCCUCGUCCAUUGUCAUGACGGAUAUACCGAGACGAGCUUGUUCGGGCUUGCCUAUACCAUCUAUCGUCAACGUAUUCCGUUAUCUGAUGCUUAUCUACAUCUUCAACUUCAUGCUGGUCGUUCAUUCUUCCUCUACCCAUCGGAUCUUACUGUUCUACGAUACUUUGAAAGACGAUGUUCAACUUCAGAUCCAGCUUUGAGCCCGAUCCCAAGAGGUGCACGUUGGUUAGAGGAUGGGUUUGAAGGACACUUUCCUUCACGUAUCUUACCUUUUCUGUAUCUUGGUAAUUUAUCACACGCCAAUAACCCUUCGAUGCUUCGUGCAUUGGGUAUUACUGCGGUGGUCUCCAUGGGUGAAAGUGCGCGAUCAUCGUUGGCUGAACGUGGCUUGGAGGUUUUGGACGUCAAGGCAGUUGCUGAUGAUGGACUUGAUCGGAUCUCUGCUCAUAUGCCAGCGGCGAUGGAGUUUAUUGAACGUACUCGACGUGCAGGUGGUAAAGUCUUGGUACAUUGUAGAGUAGGUGUUAGUAGAUCAGCUACAGUGGUGAUUGGAUAUGUGAUGGCACAUUGUGAUAUUGAUUUAGCCAGUGCUUAUCUCUUGGUUAGAUCAAGACGAUUGAACAUUUUAAUCCAACCUAAUCUAGUGUUUAUGUGGGCCUUGAGAAGAUGGGAAUCACAAUUAACUUAUUUUGAAUUGAGCAAAACUAAUCAAGAUAUCAUUCAAGGAGCCGCGAUGGGAUGUGAUUGUGGGAUUUGUUUUGAUUCAGAUCAAGAAGGAAACUUGAAGAAACUUAAGAGAAGAGUUGGAUCGGCUGCUUGGACUUGGAGUUCACUUGCUUUAGAAAUCUCUUUGUUAAAUCAAAGGUAUCUUUGUUGAAAAUCAAAAUUCAAAUCCAAAUUCAAAUUCAAUCUUUUUCUUUUUCGGUUUCUUUUUGAUCCUCUUCUUUCUUUUACCGUUACUUUUUUUUCUCUUUGUGUCUUUCUUUUGUUUCUCUCUCUCUCUCUUUUUUUUUCUCUCUCUCUCUCUGUUUUUGAAUGUUUCUAACUCGAUGAAUUAGUGGGUUUUUUUCUUCUUCUUAUAGUAUGUUUUAACAAGUUUUUUUUGUUUGUUUGAUUUUUCCCCUUUUUUUUUUACUUAUCUUUUGGUUUCAUAAAACAAAAUAGAAAAAAAGACAAUUUGAUUUUAAUUUUUUUUUAAUUAAGAAAAAAAAAACUUGAGCAAGAUAUAAUAUAUAUAUAUUGAUAUAUACUUAUAUUUUUAGUGAAUUUUUUUUUUCCAUGAUCAUGAUGAUGAUGAUG